AUGUCUAUACCUCCUACAUCUGCUGAUUCUGAAUAUUUUUGGUCAGUCAUAUCAAAUAUUCAUACUUUACGACGCAACAGAUUAACUAAUGAGCGGGCAAGCAAGUUAUCUUGUAUUCGUUGGUAUAUGAUUCAAGAUAAAAAUAUAGAAAAACAAAAUCUUCAAUGCAAUAAUGAAAUUUUUAAUUUUGGAAAUAGAAAUGACAAUGAAAAUGAAAACAA